AAAGAGUAACAUUGACAUAGCAUUGUUUGGACAGUCUCAUUUAUGUGUUGACAAACAUUGAGCAGACAAAUAGAGUUCUUCAUUAUUUUAAUCAGCAUGAUUCAGACAGACAGAGAUGCAGAAAAUGGCAGAGACAGAGAGAAAGAGCAGCGCGGUGUCAAGAGACCCAUAAUGCCGCCUGCUGUAUCUGAACCGCUUCAAGAGCAAAUCCAAGCCAACUUCAUAGUGGUGAUUCAUCCUGGGUCAAGAACGUUGAGGAUCGGUCGAGCGACAGACACACAACCCAUCUCCGUCCCUCACGUCAUUGCCCGCAGGCACAAACAGCCCGGACAGCCCCGAAACGAGGACCAGUGCUUCUUAAGAGAGGGACUCAACUCAGCAGACAGUACUGAUCAGAGGCAGAAUGGACUGAAGAUGGUGGAUCAGGCCAUCUGGUCCAAGAAAAUGUCCAACGGUGUGAGAAGAACACCAGUCUCAGCAGAGCAGGCAAGAUUGUACAACAGACAAAUACGACCCGCAGUUCUCGACCCAGACUCUAAAGUGAAAUGGACAAAUACAACACAUCAGCCUGAGUACCUCAUAGGAGAAGAGGCAUUAUAUUUAAACCCGACAGACUGCUACAGCAUCCAUUGGCCCAUCUCCAGAGGUCGUCUGAACAUUCACAGUGGCCUGGGCGGAUCUCUCACUGCGGUGCUGCUCCACCUGGAGAACAUCUGGUCUCACACUAUUCACAAACUUCUAGAAAUCCCUCUGAAGGAUCUGAAGUAUUACAGGUGCAUUCUUCUGAUUCCCGACAUUUAUAACCGACAGCACGUGAAGGAGGUUGUCAACAUGCUGUUGAUUAAAAUGGGCUUCUCAGCGGUUGUCGUGCAUCAGGAGUCGGUGUGUGCAACGUUUGGCAGUGGUCUUAGCAGUGCAUGUGUGGUGGAUGUGGGUGACCAGAAGACGAGUGUGUGCUGUGUAGAAGACGGCGUGUCUCACCGCAACUCCAGGUUGUGUCUUGCGUACGGAGGCUCUGAUGUGACGCGAUGUUUCUUCUGGCUCAUGCAGAGAGCUGGAUUUCCCUACAGAGAGUGUCAGCUCAACAACAGACUCGACUGUGUUCUGCUGCAACAGCUCAAAGAGUCAUUUUGCCAUUUGGAUCAGGAUAUUUCUGGGCUAAAGGAUCAUGAGUUUCGCACACGUUUUCCUGAUUGUCCUGUACUGCUGUAUCAGUUACGGUUAGGAGAUGAGAAACUGCAGGCUCCCAUGGCAUUAUUUUACCCUGCUGCGUUUGGAAUUGUGGGGCAGAAGAUGACAUCACUACAGCACCGUUCUCAAGGAGAUGCUGAAGAUCCACAUGAUGAGCACUUCCUGUUGACCACCCAAAGCAAACAAGACCAGUCUUCUAAAGGCAUAGCAGACAGAAAGUCAUUCCCUAAGGCUGCUGGUUUUGAGGGUGAAUCUACCAGUGACCCAUCUGAAAAGGGAACUCUUGUUCAGGAUAUGGAGUUGGGUCACAAUGCAGGCGAGUGCCUGAUCACUGGUGCAGAUGCAGAUGAAACACCCUCAGCUCUGAUGUCCAGGAAAUCGGCCAUGAGUCAUUUUGAGGGGAAAGCACUUGGCAUGGAUAAAGCCAUCUUGCACAGCAUUGACUGCUGCUCAUCCGAUGAAAGCAAGCGUAAGAUGUACAGCUGUAUUCUGGUGGUGGGUGGCGGGCUGUUGUUUCACGGAGCUCAGGAGUUUCUGCAGCAUCGCAUCCUCAAUAAGAUGCCUCCAUCCUUCCGCUGUCUGGUGGAGAAUGUUGAUGUCAUCACACGACCAAAGGACAUGGAUGCUCGUGUCAUUGCGUGGAAGGGUGGAGCAGUGCUGGCGUGUUUAGACACCACACAGGAGCUGUGGAUUCACCAGCAAGAGUGGCAGCGCUUCGGCGUGCGCAUGCUCCGUGAGCGUGCAGCAUUCGUCUGGUGACACCACAGAAUGUCAGUCAUGUCAUAACAUGUUUCAGUAUUUAGGGAUGUUCAUUCUGGUGUAUGUCCAUCUGGCAAUAUGUAAUUUUUGUCAAUGUACUUAAUUUUUGUUAAAUAAAAUAAUAA